AUGGGGUUCCGUAACAGUCUGGAGUUUAUACGGAACCUGGCACCGCUGGAUUUGUUUACCAGCGCCCCCAUUAAUGAAACCCUGCACAUUCUCCGCCACCGCGUUGACAGCCUUGAUAUCCCCCUUGACACUAACCUCUCCCCUAACUCCAUCAUUCAACUCAUUCCUAACUCCAUCACCUCAACCUUCUUUACCUGGGGUGAUGACCUCUAUGGGGAAAUCCAUGGUCUACCCAUGGGCUCCCCUCUCUCUCCCAUCCUCUCUGAAAUCUACAUGACCUCCUUUGAACAGCAUGCUCUCAGCACCUCACUAAUCAAACCAGCCUGCUGGUUCAGGAAGGUUCAUAACACAUUUGUAAUUCUCCCUCAAAAUAACGACCCCACUGCCCUCGUCCAACACCUUAACCAACAGCACCCUCGUAUCCAAUUCACCAUUGAAACUGAAACAACUUCCCUUCCUGGAUGUCCUAGUCACUCGCACCAUUGA